AAAUUCUGUAGCUCAUCGGCUCAAUAUAUUUGUGUAGCCUAAUUCUGGUCUAUGUAUUUUACCCAAAAUGCAAAUGGAAACAAGAAAUACCCCGUUGGUGUCCUCAAUGGUCCAAACACGGUCCUUCGAGAGAGUGUUGGCCCCCAUUGCAGCCCAGGUCUCUCAGUUGAUCAUCCUGAAUGAGUCUGCCGAGACGGAAGGGGGCAAGCUGCCCAACUUGGUCCCCUUCGCCCAGCAGGUGCUGCGAGCCACGGAGGACUUGGCCCAAGUCGGGCAACAUCUCAUCAGCCAAUCCACAGAUGAGGAGCUCUGCGCAGAAAUGCCCAAGGCCUGUGACCGAAUGAAGUCGACAGGCCGCAACGUUCUCAUGGCCGUACAGAGACUACAGGCUGAGCCUCACUCCGAUGCCGCCAAGGAGAACAUGGUGACGGCUGCGAGGAGACUACUACAGGCAACUGUGAAGGUCCUGCUUGUGUCGGACGGUGCUGAGGUCCGUCGCAUCAUCCAAGCCGCCCACUUUGUGCUGGACAGACUCCGCCUCCUACAGUCCCUGGAGUCUAUGAAGGCUCUGGUGGUUGCCUUUAAGGCCUUCACAGAGUCUGUGAUGACGCUCAGCGGUCUCUGCGACCGACGACAGCAGGACCUCACCCAGCCGCAGACAAAAGAGAGAAUCCUUGUUGCCAUGGAUACCCUACGCAAGGCAGUGCCCACGCUCAGCGCGGCCAUGCAGACCUACGUCAAGUACCACGGCAGCACCCAGGCCAAGGCAAGUCGUGACUUUGUAAUCAGUCAGGUAUCCUCUGCCAUCGCAGACAUCAUUCAGCUGAUGGGGAGUCAGUUACCAGACUCAUCGGGAGAUAGGGAUGAUGGGGUAGAGGCAACAGCACAGCAGGAGAUGCAUCAGGAGGAGCCUGGCCACUUUGCCAAAAAACUUGACAAGUUGAUACAGCUGCUCUCUCCCAACCAUCGCACGUUGCUGGACGGUGAUUUCUACAACCACGUAGGGGAUGUAGUUCGGCACAGUAUGUCUGUCAGUGCGCUAUCCAGGGACAAUCUGCGGCAGCAGAUCACUGCAUCGUGCAAACAGAUUUUGAAGCAGCGUGGCUUGAUCCAGGACCGGUCGGAGGGAAUCAAGGACAACCCAGACUUCAAACAGCUGCGCUCUGACUAUGACCAGAGCUGCGAGCACCUAGCCAAGGAACUACUGGUCCUGGAGAAGCUGGUCAAGUUUGCGCUCAUCGGGCAGACCGUCGAUGCCUUUGUGGAGACAGUGGAGCCCCUGGACAGAAUGGUCAAGGCCGCUACAACCACACUUAAGGAAAAGGGACCCCUGCGAGAAAGAGACUGCGUCCGAAUUUUGCAGCCACUGGAGGACACAUUCCACGAACACACAGACAGGAUGUGCCAACUCGGUAGUUUUGCCUCAGCGAGUUGCACAGAUAUGCAGAGAGCUACCAACUUGCUCCAUUUGGUGAGUUCUCUGGAACAGCUGGAUCCCGAAGUCUUCCCAGCAUGCCUUGCCGUGCGUCAGGACAUUCUGGACAGAGGGGCCGUCCGGCACUUGAAGCUGAUUCGCCGAGAGUGGCAGAGCGAGGUGCAGCGAUUGGUCGAGGCCUUAGAUGACCUCAUCGACGCAAACAGAUUCAUGGAGGUAUCAGAGUCUUACAUGGAGGAUGACCUUGAAGACUGUCGGCAAGCUGAGGUCAUCGCUGACCGCGACCUCUUGUCCGAAGCGGCCAAUAACCUCCUGGGUCGGGCCAAGAGGGUCAUCCAGGUAGCGUGCAAUCAGGUGGACGGGAGCGAGGACCCGAUAUUCCGCAACGGGCUGAGGGUUCAUAUCGACCAAUUGGAGAAAGCAAUGACACUCGUGAAGAAUGGUGCGCAAAAGGCCCUCUCCCACUUCCAACUCAAGAGGGCGCAUCAACAGCUGACAGAACGAGGGCAGCACCUGCUGGAGUGCGUACACAUAGUGGCUCAGGCAAUCCUGGGCAGGGAUCAUCCCGACAUCUUGAAUCCGCUGAGGGAGGGCGUGAACAACAGGCGGAAGCAAAAAGCUGAAGAGCUUCAAGACCAUGGCGGCGACGACGCUGCGAUUGCUCCUAGACUCCGCUUCUCCAAUGUAAAUUACUUGAGUAAACCGCUGCCGGCAUCCGCAGGAGUGCUAGCCUCCGAUCCAGCCGCCGAUCUCACUGAUGGUCUGUCGAAGCUCAAGUUGUCGCAACUCUCGCCAGAUACUCGGAAAAAAGCAGUGACCCCAAUGAGGCUGUCCUACCCCAUGGCUGGACUAAUGAGGGCGCUGUUCUCUCACGAUCCAGACCCACACAGGGUGGACAGGCUGUGUGUGGAGGCAGAGAACAAGAGUUCUUUCCUGGCUAGUCUUGCUACCAGGGCAUCCGAUUGCACACAAGAUCAGCAGCUGAAAGGAAAACUGGAGUCUCAGGCACUUCAACUCAUCUCCAAAACCGCCCAGUUGGCCCGGCAGGCAAAAGCCUCCAUGGCAGGCACAGAGGCAGCAAGGACAGACGCGAAUCUCUCGUCCGAAACCUGGACGUCGUUGGUGGCUGCCCUUCGUACCAGCCUGAUGGACGUGAUUGGCUGUUGGGGGUUGCCAGGCAACAAACUGAUGGAAGAGUCGCUACGUGGCGGGACAGACGGCCUACCUAAAGAGAUCGAUAGCGUGAAUCUCCACCUCCAAAGCGUGCACCGCUUGAUCCGAACUUUCACAGAGGCGUUGCAAGCUGUCAUUACUCUCAAUGAUUCCAAAAUGGCCGACUCAUCAACUCAAGUCCAGCUGCUUCAGAAGCAGGCAUCUGAUUGGACGAAGCUGACCCACAGCCUGAUCAGCGCGGCCAAUGAGACUGUCAUAAACCCAGACGAACCCCUGCUUCAAGAUUUGGUGGAACGUCGGUGGUCGGAUUGGUCAAUCAAACAACUAGAACUCAUAUCCACCAUGGACGGAUGUGGGCUGGAAGCAAGCAAGAUGGCUGCUUCCCUGGCAACGGUUACCAUGGAGGCCGGUCAGAAUGAGGUCACUGAGCAUGUGCAGAGGCUGAAAGACUACACAAUGAAGAUGGGUCACAUGGCCGACAGCUUAUUAAGCAGCUGUGCAGACUCCACCGAACCUGAGGGUCUCAUGGAGGCCAGUCAAUCCCUAGACAAACUCAGCAAGUUGCUGUCAGAAGCCGCUGUCAGUUGCUUCAGAGUCAGGGCUGAGGGGAACUCACUGGAGCAGAGAAACAGGGGAGUGCAGAGGGUGUCCCUACUGCAGAGGGAGUGGGCUGCCAAGGCCCAGGUGCUUGCAACUCACAUCGACUGCCUAGCAGGGGACAUGACCACACCCUUGGACAGACUGAAUGGGGCAGCGCUGGCAGUCAGCCAAGCUUCAGGUCCAUCAAGGCAUGAACUGCUGGAGGAGUUUCAGACUCAGUCAGAUACCUUCAGCUCGGCGGUGUCAGGGGUCAGGCAAGCCUGCGCUCAGGCCCUGAGGCCCACCCAAGCCGGGCCCAUGAAGUCCAGCGUGUUUGCAGCCAUGGAUGCUCUGUGCAGGCUCACCCCACUGGCUGUUACGCAAGCCAGAAACAUAGCAGAUGGCCAUCCGGUGUCUAGAGAGGAAACUACCAGCAUCAAGAGAGAGUGGGCUUGCAAUGCCAAGGUUGUCAUCAACGGCUUGACAUACAAUCCUGAAGUCAUGUCAUCUACUGUAAAAGAUGUGAGCAGUGCUCUACGGUGCAACACCCAUCUCCCCGCAUCUAUCCUACCCUUCUCAGGACCUGCAUAUGACGAGUUGUCCAGACCACUUGACUCUUCUGGGCUGUCACCUCACCAGAUCAGCCUCUUGAGCACUCUACCCAGGCAAGGCAUUGCCUCAACAUUCGCACCCCGCAACCACUCCACUCCCUCCGAUCACUCCAUUGGCCCCCAGCUCCACCAGCUCGCUUCCCCCUCCCAGCCUUCCCCAUGGCAGGCUGCCUUACGUGCCUCAAUCUCUGGUCGCGUUUCCUCCUCCCCAGGGGGACGAGAUGAGAGCGACGCUGGCAAGCCAACAUCGUCGAGGAAAAGCUUCACUCCUGGGAAGGAGGUUGAUCCCAAAAGUCCAUACAGGAGCAGAGCACUUGGAAUGGGAAGCUAUGUCAGAACUCCAGGUUUACGCUCCGCCACCAGCACUCCGACAUUACAGGCACCUAGGACUGCAGGAGGGAGGGACGCUCUAAAUCACACCAGCUAUAACAGAUGCAGCUCCUCCAUUGCAGCAGCCGCCUUGGUCUUACAGCAGGAGACAGAGAAAUGGGAAGACGACACUAACUCCAUCGUUAAAGUGGCCAAGACCAUGUCUGGUCAGAUGUACGACAUGGCCAGAUACGCACGCAAGAUUAACAACCCUGCGGCAAAAGAAGAGAUGAUUAACACAGCCAAGGCAAUUGCAGCCAACGGUAAAGUUAUCUACAGGUUUGCUGAGAUCCUGGCUGAGUACUGCUUGGAUAGGAGGGUCGGAGGUGACCUCCUGUUCUGCGCUGAGAACAUUCCCUCCCUCUGUACUCAGCUCAGCAUCAUCGCUAGCGUCAAGACGGCCACGCCUAACGAUGACACCACAGAUAUCGUCCUGAUGAAGAAUGCAGAUAACCUGAUGCAGGCAGUGCUGAACACACUCAAGGCCGCUGAGGCAGCAUGUGUCAAGGGUCUGAGGGCCAUCCCUGAACUGGGCAAGGAUGAGGAGGAGGCAAGAGCCCUAGCCACGCAGUGGAGGCUGAGACUAGACCAUCACAGGCAGAUGCAGGCAUCAUGCGAGCAGGUCGAUGCCCUUGGACUCAGGAGGUUGCCACGUAACAUCUCUGCACCGGCUCUGACUCAGAUACUUGCACAACGCUGAGACCAGCUGCCGACUUCACGAGAAAGUGUGCAGCUUCCGCCAUGCGUAGGACUUGGGCAACAAAUUUGUUGCGCAGCUGCACAAUAAACUUAACAAUUGGUUUCAUGAAACUUGGUGUAGCUGCGCAACAUUUAAAUUUUAUAAAUAUCUUGGAUGAGGAUAAUAACAGCAUUUACGACGGCUGUUUGUGCAUGAUUUUGUUCGAUCCAGAAACAGUCGUUGAAUCACCUCAGCCCGCCAUUUUGAAAAUAUUUUUGUCCGACUUUCUUUGGAAGUGUGCGGCAACUCUAACAGCUUGGUCACGAGUAAGGUACUUCAAACACAAAGCUGUGAGUGUCUUGUAUCAACCUUGAUAAGUUGUGUAAUAACAGGCGCCACGACGAUCACGAUAUGCUGGUAAAAUAGGUCAUUUCAGUUGCUACGCCACAACUUACCCCAACGGUAAUGAAUCCGCAAGUUACGCCAUAAUUUGUUGCGCAAGUCGCGGGUUUAUGCAGUAUCAAACUUUCGUGAAAUUGUCAUAACUGAAACGUUACGCAGCGUCGAAUGUUGUGCAACUUCCGCAACGAAUUGUGGCGCAAGUGGACUUAUGCCUUUGCGUAAAAGUUUCGUGAAAUCGGCUGCAGGGCUGUAGUCGAGACUGUCUUCCCGAGUCGCAUUGCAAGACAGUCACAAGUCAGGACCCAAUAGAUCAAUACAUGAGGCUGCACCCACUGCAGUUGUGUACAUGCAUUCAGGUUUUUGGUCGGGGGGGGGGGGGGGGGUGCAAAAUGGGUGGUUUUUUUGAAAAAGUGGCCACAAUUUGUCAUUAUCGUUUGUAAAAUGGUAAAAAGUAGAGAGGGUAUUACAACUUGUUGCGGGUUUGGGGUGCUGGUGCUUUUAAACAGAUUAAUUCUACCCAGGUACAGGUAAAGCCUUUCAACCUUUGUACCGACCAGGGUUGGAUGGACCCUGGUCCAUCCCAGAGAUUUUGAAUAGGGUGACAGGCCCAUUUGCGUGAUGUUGGUUGACAAGUGUAGCUUGGCAAGGGAUUGUUUGCAAUUUAACAUUAGGGUCUGAAGGGCAAGCUGCAUCAAAGCAACCGAAUGGCCCUUGCUCUAGACUUGCUCAAAUAUUGACAAAUAGGUACCCUUUGUGUUGAUGGUUACUCGUGAGCUUAACCAUGCAGAUCAUGUGGCUCCAUUAGUCUAUUUUUGAGUGCAGCAUCAGCCUAAUCAUGACAUUGAUUAUGUUUUAGGUCUCGAGAUAAGACUGCUGAUUUUUUGUCCCUUUUCAUAAUUCAGAAGAUUAGAGUGAAGUACAUACAAGUCAAUUUCUUUUUGUCCAAAACUACAAACUGUGUUUUUGGUUUAUUUUGGGUUCAGCUUUUAUGCAUGGUUUCGAUAAUUAUUUGAGCAUUGUAAAAUAUCACGGGCCUAAAUGUGUAUUUCGGUUUCAUUGUGUCUUUCAUUUUUGAGUCGAUAUUUGUAAAUUUUUGCAUACAUAAAUGUAAAUGCAUUUCUACAGUUUCCAAUUUCCAAACAAUAAAUCAAUUCAAAUUGAGCUGCUAAAAAAAAA